AUGGCAUCGCCAGUAAAAUUGAUUUCGGUACGUCAAAUUCCGGAAGCAUCAGCUCAAGAUGAAUUCAUUUGGGGAUAUCAGAUGAAUGAUAAGUGGAUCCCUUUUCCUGAUACUGUAUCAUCAAAUAUUGAUAAAGCCUUUCGACAAGGACUCGAAGAAUUAUUUACUAAUGAAGGUUAUCGUAUUGAUUUAAAAGACUUCGUACAAGAACAUAUUAAUGAUCGAAACUGUAAACAAUUGAUUCUUCGACGACGACGACAUCCUCAUAAAUCAUCAAUUUCAAAUAAUAAAACAAACGAAGAUGAAUAUCAACGUUAUGAACGAUUCUCAUUUCCUUUGGGAUUAGUUUCAAGCUGUAGUGUAAGUGCGGAUACAAAUUAUUAUGGUUCACCAUUUAUUGAAGAAUGGUAUCUUACAUUCACAAAUGGAAAACGAAAAGUUACAGUCGAUUCUAUUUUUCCUGUCGUUGUAGAAGGCUUACGAGAAGAAGGAAAAACUGAAUCAGAAGAUGUGGUACGCAAUAUCAUGGAUAUAUUAAAUAAGACCAGAGAAAAAGGCCUUCGGAAGAGUGAGAAAAAGAGAAUGAUAGAAUUAGAAAAUUGUUGUGCAAAACUUUAUACAAAUUCAAAUUUUCUCUAUCGCAUAGUCAACAGUGCAUUGCGCAAUAAUGAUCGCACUAAGCAGUAUACUCUUGGACCUUAUUGUUUUCUCGUUUUCAACUACAUUGGUCGGCAUCUCAAUGAUGAUUUUUCAAUUCGUCAUCGUUUUCGACAAUCUCUUCGUUCGACCGGACCUCAAUUAAUUACUGUCUUUCGCGGUGAUUAUAUUUCUCCCGAAAUAAUACAAGAAUAUCGACAGGCAGUUGGUAACAAGUCUAAAUAUUUUAAAUGGCUCUCAUUUGUUUCCACUUCAAGUGAUCGAGCUGUUGCCGAAGAAUUUAUUCGAAAUGCUUUGUACAUUAUUGACUUACAACGUUACUCAUCGAAGGAUCAAUUCGUAGAUCUGUCAUCAAUUAGUUCCUAUCAGGACGAAAAAGAGAUUCUAUUACAACCAGGAGUGCGAUUUCAAGUUAUCAAAGUUGAAUUAGAUAAUACGAAUAAUACACAUUUAGUGCAUAUUAAGAUUGUUCCAUCCUAUGUGUCCACUCUUACAUAA